UGAGCCACGCAGCAACAAACAGUACUUACAUUUUCAGUUUGUUUGUUUGUUUGCUUGGAUAUGGAGUAUUUUAAGAGUGGGUUGAAGUCCGUCUUAGGUGGCCCUCAAGAUGCCCAACAACCUACUGCUGCAGAAACUAUUGAAAAAUUGGUUGAUAGGGUACAAACAUCAACUCUUCUCGAUGAUAGGAGAGAUGCUUGCCGAGCCCUCAAGGCUCUUUCUAAUAAAUUCCGCUUGGAGAUUGGAGCUCAAGCAAUGGAUGCUCUUAUUAGAGUCUUGGAAUGUGACAGAUCUGAUAAUGAAAUAUUAGGUUAUGCUCUGGAAGCGAUUUGUAAUGUUAUCAAUGGACCAAGAGAUGAUGAAGGUCCAGAAUAUGUUAAUGGCAAUAGAGAUGAUCUUGGAUUGCAGUUCACAGAAAUUUUCAUUAAAAAGAGUGAAAAUGUUUCUUUGCUGUUGGAACUGAUUGAGGAAUAUGAUUUCAAAGUGCGUUGGCCAAUUGUUCGCCUCCUUAGUGGACUUUUAAGCCAUAGGCCUAAAGAAUUGCAGGAAUGCAUUUUGGUGAGCCCAAUGGGAGUGUCAAGAUUAAUGGAUUUGUUGUCAGACACAAGAGAAAUCAUAAGGAAUGAUACAUUAUUACUGCUGGAACAUUUGACAAAAAGCAAUGCCAAUAUUCAGAAAAUAGUAGCAUUUGAAAAUGGUUUCGAUAAACUUCUCCAUGUUAUUUCAGAAGAAGGAUACAGUGAUGGCGGUGUCAUAGUUGGAGAUUGCUUACGAGUGAUGCUAACUUUGCUGAAAAAUAAUACUUCUAAUCAAACAUUUUUUAAGGAGGGUUCCUACAUCAAACAUCUCACACCAUUUUUUGACUUGCAAGAUUCUUCUGAAAGAGGCUGGACUCAGCAAAAAGCUGUAAAUACUCUGAUGAUGUUGCAGAUUGUAAGAGUUUUAGCAUCUCCAAAUAAUCCUCAGCAAGUUACUUUGGCUGCACAAAAAGCAAUGUAUCAGUGUGGUUUGCUUGAGCAAUUAUGUUCGAUUUUAAUGGCAUCAGGUGUGCCAGCUGAUGUUUUAACAGAGACAAUUAAUACUGUUGGAGAGCUAAUCAGAGGUAACCAUAGUAACCAAGAAUAUUUUUCUACUGUUUGUGCUCCAACCACUCCGCCAAAACCUGCAAUUGUUGUUCUUUUGAUGUCUAUGGUAAAUGACAAACAACCCUUCAACUUAAGAUGUGCUGUUUUAUAUUGUUUCCAGUGUUUUUUGUACAGAAAUGAAUUAGGUCAAGCACAAAUUGUUCAGACUUUGUUACCUUCCACUACAGAUGUAAAUACAGUUACUGUGGGGCAACUUCUGUGUGGCGGCCUUUUCAGUAUGGAUUCUGUAUCAAACUGGUUUGCUGCAGUUGCCUUAUCUCAUGCUCUUGUUGAUAACCCAACACAAAAAGAGCAGCUAUUGAGAGUACAACUUGCAACUAAUGUUGGAAACCCUGCAAUCUCUCUUAUAAACCAAUGUGCCAUGAUGUUACAACAAGGUGGAAAACUUCAGACCAGAUUGGGACUUUUGAUGUUAAUGAGCACUUGGCUGGCUCACUGUACAAUAGCUGUUAUGCAGUUUCUUAGCAUACCAACAAACAUUCCAUUUUUGACUUCCCAAGUAAAUCUUGCUGAAGGUGAUGAACAUGAAGAUUUAGUGCAAGGGAUAUGUGCUUUUCUUCUUGGUAUAUGUAUUGAAUUCAAUGAUAACUCUCAACCCAGUUUUACUAAAGAUGAUUUAUGUCAGCUCAUUGUCAAACGCAUAGGACUUGAAACAUUUUUAGACAAACUUGUUGCUGUAACAAAGAAUGAGUAUUACAGUCGAGCUGCUCAAAAUCCUCAUCUUAAAUUCAAACAGCCAUCUGAAGUCUUAUUUGACUUUGAAUUUUGUAGAUUAUUUAAAUCAUUAGAAGGAACUGUCAUCAAAGCUGUCCAGCCUAAGCCCAAACUGUUAAAUGGCCCUGAAUCAUCUAUGACUCCUGAACAACAGGAGUUGCUGAAGCAGUAUAAAGAUGUUAUUAGGGAUCAGGAUCAGCAACUGCAUGAAUUAAGAAGUCAAUUCAGUGAACUAAAAUCUCAGUAUGAAUUAUCAAAAACACAAGUGGAAGAUAUGUCAAGCACAAUUCAACAACUUAAAGAUCAAAAUGCAUUAUUGAAAGCUCAAAGAUCUGUUUCAGGAAAUAAUUCUAGUCAAGAGGUGUUGCAAUUAAAACAAGAAAUUGAGCAGCUGAAACUUAAAUGUGAUCAACAACAACUUGAGAUAAGUGCUAAAAGUGAAGCAGUAAACCAAGAAGUUACUACAAGUUUGCCCACAGAAUCUAAAGAAAAAUCAUCUCAAUGUGAUGAAGAAAAAAACCAUAUUGUGUCUGAUUUAGAAAAGCAACUUGAAAGCUGUCAUGCAGAAAUCAGCAACCUAAAAGAGCAGCUUAAAGAAUAUGAAGAGAAACUUCAAAACUCAUCAACAUCAGAAACAACUUCUUUGGCUCUUGAAGAAGUUAACAAACAACUUACUGAAGAAUGUGCUUCAUUAAAAGAACAGUUGACUUUAGUGAAGAAGGAACAAGAAGAUAUCCUAAUUUUACUGACAGAACAGAGUGAAAAGAUUACAGAUUAUAAAAACAGACUGAGAAAUUUAGGACAAACGGUUGAAGAUGAUGAUGAUGACUCUUUGAACGAUGAAUCAGAUGACUUUGGAAAUGACCUUAAUGAUUUAAAGGAUGAUUUACCAGAUGAAUAAAUGAUUAUGGAUAUAUUAGUGAUAAAUUUGAGUUGAACAUUUCAUACUCAUUAAAGACUGUUGUUCAUUAGAUGGACCAAGGAUUGAAAAGAGGUGAUAAUGCAAAAAAACUUUAAUUUAUUUUUAAAAAUAUUACUUAAAAUUUCGUUACUUUAAAGCUUUAUAAACUGUAAAUUCUUAUAUAUUAAGUAUAAACUAAUUAAAAAUGGCAUGCAUUAUUUAUACAUAAAGAAAAGAAUUUUUCAUGUAAUUACAUUUAUUGAUAAGUUCCAUGGGAAAAAGUUAUUUUGCUAUAUGUCUAAGAUUUUACGUCACAGUUUUGUUAAAAAAAAAAAAGUAAAUGGAUUUAUUUUAGUUGUAGUAACAUUGAUGGUAAAUGCUAAAAACUCUUUUUACAAAUGGGAUUCUUUUAAAUCUCUAAUUUCGUUUUUAGUAUAUAAAUUUUGUUACUUAAAGUUAUGAAGUUGCUUUUUUUUAUUUUAGUCAGUCAGGAUUUAAAGGGAAAACAGUUAUUUCAAAAUAUUCAGUGCAGAAAAAUACUUUAUUUAUUAAUUAAAAUUUGCUGAAUUUUCUUAAAAUUGUUUCUUGUUUAUUCAAAUCGGGCUUAAAACUGAUAAAAUUUAAUUGCCUUGCCUCUUGGAAUGAAAACAAAAUUAUAAAUUGAAACUGAUAUAUAAUAUGUAGUGAUGAUGAACCUUUAUAGUUAUUAGUUCAUUUCUAAUUCCUUGCUGGAUAUAAAUUUUAGAAUUUAUUUAUUUAGAAUAAAAAAAAAAGAAAGAAAGAAAGAAAAUGUUCUUUCUAGACAUUUGCUUAAUGCAUUAAUAAUUUAUUAUUUAUUUCAUUUGAUGAAUAUGAAAACUUCAGUAUUACUCACUUUCAACUGAAUGCUAACAGUUAUGCAUUUAAAUUGCAAAAACUGCUUGCAAAUAUCAUUAACAAUUAUUCUCUGCUUUUUCUAAGUUGUGUUACGAUUAAAGCUACAUUAGUCAUGUGCAUUGUUUUCCCUAAUAUUUUCUGCUCUUUUCUAUCCUUGUUUUACUUUGAAUUAUUUAUUAAAUAUAUAAAUAUUGGCCAUUUUUAAAUUUAUUCAAAUUAUUAGGCAUUUGUGCAAUUAACAGAAAUCUUUAAUACUUACCUUCCAGUUAAAUAUAUGCAUUUAUAACUUUCUGGCAUGAAUUAGUUUCAGAAAUUUUAUUUCUAAUUCAAAAUCUUUUAUACAAAUGAAAUGUUUGAUAUUUCCCUAAUUCAUAAAAUGCAAGUC